UCUUCACCCAGUCAAAAGACAAAGUAAAUACUUUCGAAGAUUAUCAUGUUACCCUAGACUUCUUUGUGUUCGAUAGUUCCAAUAGGUGCCCUGGAUAGGAAAUUCAAGUCUUUUUCACUCUGCGAUUGAACAAAGCACUUCUUGGCAGAUCACGAGUCGGUCUUCUAUCACCUCGGAGGAGCUCGAGUUCACUUAGAUAAUGAAUUUAGGGCUUUGUCGGCUACAUCGAUCUGUUUGGAAAUCCAAAUUGCUAAUAUUACGGUUCGCCAAUCACAGUGUUGCCCUCCCCGCCCCCAAAAGAAAAAAAAAAUCAUUGGUAUGGGACUUUCGCUAUGGAUGUUAGAACUUGGUGGUAUCGCUGGUUUUCUGUCUGUAAUUGGUAAUGAUGUCGAGGCCUAUGUUGCUUGUUUUCUUGCUGCUCAUACUUAUAAUCACUUCUCAGUUUGAGUGGAAGCAGCAGCUUGUGGCUGAGGUUGAUUCAAAUCCCAGUGUGUCUCAAAAGCAGAACCAGAUUUCAAAAAGAGAAGAAACAGUUAAGGAGAAGAUUAUAUUGGUGCAAGAGAAGAACAUUCGGAGACUCAAUGAGCUUGUAAGGCAUCUCCAGGAACAACUGCAGCAGUGUAGAAGCAAUAACAAAACAACUAAUGGAACCGUGACUCCUCUGGCCGAGCGCAUUCUUGAGCUUGAGCGACAGCAGAUUCUAGAGGAUUAGGCUGAGACAACGAGUAUGUCUGAAACGCUUGUCCCUAUGUUUAAGUCGUAAUUUGUAAAGUUCCUCGAUUUUUUUUUUUCUUGGGCAAAACUUUGUAUCUAUUCAUUUCAUUUGAAGGUAAAAAAAAAGGUUGUACAAGAUUUGCAUCCUCAUCGGAACAACGACAAUGAUGGCAUCUGAAUUUAAGUCCCACGUUAUUUCAAUGGAAAUUGAAAGGAGUGGUAACGCAAUAUAAUAUAGGACGACCAUUUGUGUUAGUGAA